GCGCGGGGAUCUGCUUCGCGUCGCGUGGGAGAUGCUGGGGGGUCGUAGCAGUUUGGCUAAGGCCAUCGCAGUGCUCCCGCGGCUGGAGCGAUGGAGCCAAUGCUGGCGCGCGGGCGCGCGCUGCGCGCGCGGCUGUGCACGGGGCGGGGGGAGGAGGAGCUGGACGGGCCUGGUGGCAGCGGGGCUCUGCUGCACCGCGUGCUCUUCAUGAGCCUCGCGAGGCAGCCGCGGAGGCGGGCGUUCCUGCGCCAGCUGCGGCGCUGCCCCUGCCUCAGCGGGCGCGCGGAGUGGCUGCCUGCGGUGGACGGCGCCCGCAUGGUGCUGGACGAGGUGCCUGCAAGCAUCGUCACUGCAGAGGGGGUCGCGGAUGCAAGGUUCCCUCGCGACAAGGUCCUUGGCUACGUGCUCACGCGCGGGGCGAUAGGACUCGCCUGCUCCCUGCACGAGGCACUUCGUCGCAUCGCCCAGGACACGGAUGAGCAGCACGUUUACCUGCUCUGCGAGGACGACGCGACCUUUGCGCCCGAUUUCUCCGCCGCCUUCUCGGCUCUGCUGGCCGCGACCGAAGCCCACGACCCUCACUGGGAGGUGCUGCACGUGGGGUACGACCCGCGGUGCACGGAGGUGGGCCCGUGCGGCCGCGCGGAGUGCGCAGCCGCUGCCUCAGACCCCCGACGUCGUGCUCCGGGACAGAACCCAAACGGUGUGUUUUUGGCGAUUUCGUGGGCCGUGUUCGUUUCGACUUCGUUGUGCGGUGAAGGCGGAAUCGAGACAAAGGCGAGGGAAACCGAAAACAAAACGAAAACGAAAAACACCGUUUAG